UUCAGUUUCGACGUUCUUGGUAAAAGGUUGUCUUCUUGGAAUAUACCCUUCCAAACCAAAACAUUCAAGAUGCUGCGAAAAAUCUUCGUCGCCGUACUCGUCACGAUGAUAAUCAGUUCCUGCAUGUUCCGUUCAGUUGAAGCUGGCCACAAAUUGAAAAUGAAGAAGCUCGUCAAGGCGCUUCUGCUCGCUAACGCUUUGACAGGGAAGAAAAUUCUAUUUCCUUUACCUCUUCCACUGCCUAUCCCAGUUUUCCAGGAGCACAUAAAACACAUUCCCUACGAGCAAAUGGACUACGGAGGUGGCUAUGACAUGGGAGGUGGAUAUGGAGGCGGAAUGGGAGGUUACGGUGGUGGCAUGGGAGGAGGAGGAGGAUACGGCGGCGGAAUGGGAGGAGGAUUCGGAGGUGGCAUGGGAGGUGGAUACGGAGGUGGCAUGGGAGGAGGAUACGGAGGUGGCAUGGGAGGAGGAUACGGAGGUGGUAUGGGAGGAGGGGGAGGCUAUGGGAAUAUGAAAGGAGGUGGAUAUUGAUCCUCUUGUCAAUUGAAAUAAUUUCAUCAUAUCAUCAUGGUUAUUCACUAAUGGUAAAGACUGCUUCCAAGAGGAGAACUGAGAACUCUCUUUCAAUAUUUGCAAUCGAAAUACCCUUUGCUCAGGAAACUUCUUACAUCAACAGUAUUAUUACUUUGUCUUAUUACUGCAUUAGUAUUUAGGUUAUCUUGAAAGUACAGAAUUUUAAUUCAGAUAUAAAUCGUAAAAAAAAAUCACGUUAAAUAUAAUAUUGUCUAAUUGAUAUACUACAUAUGUUAGAUUUUAACACACCAUUUGUCACUGACGCUAUUUGACUCACACCUGUGAUUCACACUUUCUGUGAUCACUUUCUCUACUAUAGUUAAAAAGUCAGCGGUGUGACAAACAGAAUGUAUGAAUUACAGGUGUGAGAUAUGGCAGUUAAUUUAAUAAACGAGUUUCUGAAAUACCCAUUUAUUUGCUAAAAAAUAAAUAUCAAACCAUCUUUCACUUUCUUCAUUAAAUUUUCUUUCUCUUCUUCAUCUAAUAUUCUUUCGUCCUUUUUAGUUUUAGUGCACCAUUUUUAUAAAUAUAUGCUUAAUAAUUAGCAAGUAAGUCAAUUCCAUUUUCAAAAAUAAGCUAAUGAAAUGUUAUGUGCCAUUGAUUUACUUUAUUAAUUAGUUUUUUUUUUAUUCAUUAUAUUAAUUAUCAGAAAUUCGUAAAUUUAUUUCUGUAACUAUAUUGGUAUUUUAAUUUGUAAUCUUUUUCACAUAGCUACCAUUUCACAUAUCAUAUCAAAUUUUUCCAGUCUUUAUGCCAUUUGGCAUCACUGGAGUAACAUGCUUCGAAAUAGAAGAAUAGAAUUUAAUAAAAUGGAAUAAAUUUGGAAUGAUUAAAAAAAUAUAAAACUAAACUUCUUAUAAAUUGCUGUUAUCUUUUUUUCAUUUUUAAAUAACUCAUUGUUUUUUUAUGUCUUAUCUCUUUCAUAACAGCAAUUUGUUGUUCUUUUUAUUCUAAACAAUUAAUGUUCUUUUUUAAUUUGUUAACAAAUUAUUUCUUUUUAGUUUUCUUCUAAGUUAUUGUUGCUGUGAUUUUAAUUUCUUAAUAUAUCAGAAAAGUAAUUAACAAUAAUUUUAGCUGAAAGAGUUAUGCAUUAAAUAUUUUGCAGAAGCUUUCUUCUUUAAUCAUUAGCGGAAGACAAUUUUCUUAUUUCUUUUUAUUCUAAAAUUUCUGAUCAAUUUUGGUUCAAAAUGCUUUAUACUUUCUCUGAUAUUUCUUUUCAUUUAUAACAAAAUCUACAGCUUGGUGCAUUUAGAACGGAGAAAAACUAUAAAGCAUGAAGGAAAAAACUCAUAUAAUUUACUUUAUUUAGACUUGCAUAUCAAAGUUGACACAAAAGUAGGACGACAUUAUGAAAUUUGCUUUUCUUUAUAUAUGUUAUAUUAAUUUCUUUAAUACUAUAAAUAUGCAAAAUUAGUGAUCAUUUUAAAUCACUUCGCAUGAAGUGGGCCAUUGUAUAGACGCCAAACGUUGUAUAUAAUCACUGUAAAUGUUAUUGUAUGUCUACUCAUGUACAGUAGAUUACAUUUUAUCACAUGUAUAUUAUCUGAUACCAAUGUAUAAUAUUUGUAAUAUU